GUUUGAGGUAUGUUUUUGUUGUGCUCUGCCAAAGCUGCUGAACCUCACUAAAAAACUUGACCCAAAAUGGUCAGAAUAACGGAGAAGCUGAUACGCAAACGUUCGGAGCACAAUGAACUCAUCAUCGGGACGCUGGAGGAGCUGUCGCUGCAUCAGGAAGAUAUCGAAAAGAUUGAACACAUCGGAAAUUGGUGCCGAGACUUGAAGAUCCUGCUGAUGCAGUCAAAUUUAGUUUCUCGACUCGAAAACCUCAAUAAGUUAAAAAAGCUCGAAUAUCUUAACCUGGCCAUCAACAAUAUCGAACGAAUCGAAAAUUUAGAAGCGUUGGAAUCGCUCAAUAAGUUAGACCUUACGUUGAAUUUUAUUGGGGAGCUAACAACGGUUGAGACGCUUCGGGACAACUACAACUUAAGGGAACUGUUCCUGACAGGGAAUCCGUGCACAGAUUUUGAGGGAUAUCGGGACUACGUCAUUUGUGCCUUACCCCAGCUUGAAUCGCUGGACGGACAGGAAAUAUCUAGAACCGACCGUUUGAAGGCUUUGCGUAAUUUCAAAACCAAUCGUGGCCGAAUUGUUCAACUUGAAUCGCAAUAUCAAAUAACCCGGGAUGAACAGAAGGUCCGGGUCGCGGAAACCAUUCAACAGCAGGAAGAAAGCAUUAAAGAUCUGACCGAGGACGAAAGAUCUACCCAAUUUUGGCAGCAGAAGAGCGAGCAUUGUCCGGAAAUGCGGGUCCUCAUGUCGCAAUACUCGAAACGCGGAAAAGAUCGGUCAAACGUGAGUUUGGAUGACGCAACCAGAGUCCCGAAGCGGGAUCCAGUUCUAUUUGCACCCUGUGGAAGACCCUACAGUCUAAAUGCUGCUAAGCUGAAGUUUAACUUCGUUGAUGAAGAUGAUCGAUACGAGCUUACUUUGCACGUUUAUAAAUUUCUUGACACUUCGCUGAUUGAGGUGGACGCACAGCCCAGCUACAUUCGGGUUACGGUGAAAGGCAAAAUAUUUCAGCUCGCGCUGAAAGAAGAAAUCCAACUGGAUGCCUCGACUUGCCAGCGCUCCUCGAUUACCGGGCACAUGCUGAUCGUAAUGCCCAAACUAAAUCCAGCGAAUGUAAAGUUCGAUAAAAACAAGGGAGAUCAGAAAUUCGAAGCUUACAAGGACAUUCCAAAAAAUGACAAACAGAAGGAGUUAAAUGGAACGGUGGAUUAUAGAAAUAUAGUUAAUCAAAAAACGGAUAAAGCAUCUCCACCAAUCGAUGAAGACGAGAUUCCGGAUCUAAUUUGAAUGUAACAAAUGAAAAAAAAAAUAAACAAGUGUUCUUAAUUAGUUUAAAAAUAUAUAUU